GAGGCUCACGGGGCGCGUAGGACGUCGCGCCCUGCUUUUCUGCGCACCUCUUCCCCAUCCCGCCCCAGCACUGGCUUGGCGAACGCCCUCCCAUCUCCCUCAGGCCUGACUUCCGGUUUGCUUGGGCGGCCCAGGAGCCGAGUCGCGAAUUACUGGAGGCCCCGUUUCCGGUCGUGAGCCGGUCGCCCUUCUAGCCGGCCCCGUCGCUUCGCUCCCCCUGCGCGGCGCGGGGCUAGGGCGGGCGCUGACGGGGCCGGGUAACCGGCCUUCUCUGGCGGCGGCUCGGCCCUCGGCCUUGGCUCGGCCCUCCUUCCAGAGCCUCCCGGGCCGUAGCCGACUGGCCGGCCACGCCGGCCCUGGCGCCACCGAGGCGGGAGAAAUGGGAGUCCCUCCGCGGCGUUCCCGGAGCGGCUGCCUUUGCCGGGGAAGCGGCGCUGUCUUUGAGGAAACAGGAAGCCCGCGGUGACCCUUAGCGACCCGGUUUGUUUUCGGUCCGUUUCCAAACGCUGGGGAAUCGAAACUCGGCGGCCCUGGGGGCGGCCCCACGGAGCCUGUGUUCGGGCUGUCAUGGAUGCACUGGUAGAAGAUGAUAUCUGCAUUCUGAAUCAUGAAAAAGCCCAUAGGAGAGAUACAGUGACUCCAGUCUCAAUAUAUUCAGGAGAUGAAUCUGUUGCUUCACAUUUUGUCCUUGUCACUGCAUAUGAAGACAUCAAAAAACGACUUAAGGAUUCAGAGAAAGAGAACUCUUUCUUAAAAAAAAGAAUAAGAGUUUUGGAAGAAAAGCUUAUAGGAGCUCGAAAGGAUGAAGAAACAAGUUCUGUGGGACGAGAACAAGUGAAUAAGGCCUAUCAUGCAUAUCGAGAGGUUUGCAUUGACAGAGAUAAUUUGAAGAGCAAAUUGGAUAAAAUGAAUAAAGACAACUCUGAAUCUUUGAAAGUAUUGAAUGAACAGCUACAAUCUAAAGAAGUAGAACUCCUCCAGCUGAGGACAGAGGUGGAAACUCAGCAGGUGAUAAGAAAUUUAAAUCCACCGUCAUCCAACUGGGAGGUGGAAAAGUUGAGCUGUGACCUGAAGAUCCAUGGUUUGGAACAAGAACUGGAACUGAUGAGGAAAGAAUGUAGAGAUCUCAAAAUAGAGCUACAAAAAGCCAAACACACGGUGGUGCUAGAGGAUAAAUUUGCUUUUAGUUUAAUUCAUCUUUCACAAAUCACAGAAACAGACUUGAAGGUAGAAGAAACUUUAGAAAUCACUUGUUUUAUUGCUGAUGAAAUUGAAUCUGAGAGACUAAGAAACUUAAGAGUUGAAGGUGAGUAUCCAUCUCAGGAAGACAAUCUGAAGAGCAGAGAUCUCCAAAGACUAAGCAUUUCAAGUGAUAAUAUGCAAAGUGCAUACUGGGAACUGAAGAGAGAAAUGUCUAAUUUACAUCUGGUGACUCAAGUACAAGCUGAACUGCUAAGAAAGCUGAAAACCCCAACUACAAUCAAGAAAGCUUGUGCCCCAGCAGGAUGCAUGGAAGACCUUGGGAAAGACAGCACAAAACUGCACUUAACGAAUUUUACUGCAACGUACAAAAGACAGGCCCCUCUCUCACCAAACGGCAAAACUCUUUGUCAUGCCACGUCUUCCCCUUUACCAGGAGAUGCAAAGGUUUUAUCAGAGAAAGCAGCUCUCCAGUCAUGGACAGAUCAUGAGCGAUCGAUUCCUCAUGAUGGCACAAACUUUCAGGAACACAAUUCUUAUGGCAGAAAUUCUCUGGAAGAUAAUUCUUGGGUAUUCCCAAGCCCUCCUAAAUCAAGUGAGACAACGUUUGGGGAAACUAAAAAUAAACCUUUGCCUUUACCCAACCUGCCACCACUGCAUUACUUGGAUCAACAGAAUCAAAACUGCCAUUAUAAAAAUUAAUUAUGAAGAGAUUUAUGAUGUUCUCACGAGGUUGCUGUAUCUCCCUCAGUGGUUUUCUUGGGAAAUCAUUAACAAACUGAAAGCGGAUUUUGAUUAAACUUUUGCAGAGUUCUUCAGUAUUUACAUUUGCACAUAAUGUACCAUAUUAUGUAGUUGAUUUUUCAGUAUGAAAGAACACCCUCCAGCUCCAUAUUCUGGCUAAGAAUCAGAUAUGUGUUACUAAUGAAUAAACCUAAGGUGUUUCACAAUAGCUCUACCUUUGAUGAUAAUUGUGCAUUUCUGUCCCUCACGUGAAGAAUGGAAUUGAAAGUUUUCAGACACAGUUUUACAAAGCAUGUGAAAUGCCUAACUCAUAAAAAUAAAGGAGACCAUUGUAUCAGAGAAAAAGCAUGUUAAGUUGCUUUAAGUUGCAUAAAGGAGUAAAAUGGCAGUGUGACUUAGGUUACAUUUCUGCUGACCUUAUAAUGCAUAAGGAUAAGGAAAUUACAGUGGACCAAUAUUAUCUGGGUUAUUGCAUCUAUAUGUGCUAUUGUGUCUCAAAGUAUAAGAUUUAAAGUCAUUUUUUAAUCACGAUGUUGAUAAAAUUUAAAGUACAAUUUGGAUUUUAAGACUUGAAAUGAUCUGCUCGUUGAAGCCAACUCUGUCCUGGUACAUCCCUCAAGUCUUAAUUGAAAAAAAGUGAUGAGAUAGAUAUAGUUGCAAAAACAUGUGGUGUGUGAAUAAACUAUUACAGUCAUAUACGUUAUCCAGUUAGAAGUAGGAAUAGUAUCACAAAGGCUUCAGUCUACUCUGUCCUUCAGUGCUAUAGUGAAAAUCCCAAUGGGUGUGUAACUGUAUAAAGCCAUUUUCUUCAAAGGGUCUACACCUGCUUGCUAUGUAGAGCAGCUUAUUAACUGGUUAAACUUUGUUUUGAAAUGUAAUGAUUUUACUUAUUGAGAAAGUGGUUUUUAAUUAGAAAUUAUAAUCCUAGAAACCAAAUUCUGUGCUGUAUUGAUAUAUGAUAUAGUAUAAUCAUGAAAUGUCCCCCAACGCUUUGAUUCUAAGAGCCUAUCAUUUAUAAACAAGUAACAAGGAUGGCUUCAUACGGAAAUUUCUCUGUAUUCUUUCAGGGUGGUGGUAUUAAGAAUAUUAGUAAUAUAUGUCUCCGUUCCUACAUCUUUUGCCUGAGGUAAAGCGUUUCAUGUAGAAGGCCUUUAUCCUUUUUGAUAGUUCCAAACACCUUGGACUCAAAAGAAUAUUUCAGAUCGCUUCUACAUUAACUGAAUAGCAUACAUAUAUAAACAGUGUUCACCAUUCACCAGAUAUUUGUCUUUCUAUUAUCUUACUCACUUAUUCAAGCUUGUCUGUGAUUAAUGGAGUUGGUGUCAGAUGCUGGAAUUUAUUCUGACCAAUGAACACAGCUGACUCGAGGGAGUAUGAUCUCCUGCCAAGUAAUAGAACAAAACCCAAUAUGCAUAAAACAAAUACAAGACUCCAGGCUUUAGCUGAAGGAAGCAACUACCUGUGUAAUAACAAAGCAGCAGAAACUAUUUGUCAUGUGGCUGCAUAGGCUGUACAUUACAUCUAAUCUCUAAUGUAGCUUACUGGUUUGCCUUUUUUAAAACCAAGAUUGAGCAUUUUCCUUUGUAAAGAAAAUAAGUCGUAUGACAUAAUGGCUUGAUUAAUGUUUUGAACAAUGCCAAGACAUUACUU